UCACUGCCGAGGGACUAAAAUGAUAUUUUACUACCGUUCACCUUCAACUGCUAGCUUGUAGCUUUAACAUGGCUUCGUUUAUGAUGAAACCUGCUCACCUGCGCUGUGUUAUGGGGAUAAGGAGGAUAGUUUGCGAACAUCGGACUUGGGGAUCGUUCAUAUCAGAGAGAAGUUAUGUCACUGAAAAGGAUAACAAAAUACCUAAAAUAUACACCAAAACUGGGGACAAAGGUUUCUCAAGCACAUUUACGGGAGAAAGGAGACCAAAGGAAGAUCAUAUAUUUGAAGCAUUAGGAAAUACAGAUGAAUUGUCAUCAGCUAUAGGCUUGGCCAGAGAAUUUUGCCUCGAGAAAGGUCACACGUUCAUUUAUCAGCUCGACAAGAUACAAUGUGUUUUACAAGAUGUGGGCUCCAACAUUGCCACACCUCAAUCAUCUGCAAGAGAAAGUCAUACAAAAAGAACAAAAUUUAGCAAUCAGCCAAUUGCAGACCUGGAGAGCUGGAUUGAUAAAUUUACAGAGGAACUUCCUCCACUGACCAACUUCAUUUUACCUUCUGGAGGGAAGAGCAGUGCAGCUUUGCACGUGGCUCGGACAAUCUGUCGGAGAGCAGAACGCAGUGUUGCUCCAAUUGUGCGCUCAGGGGAGGCAGAUCCAGAUGUUGCUAAGUUUUUGAACAGGUUGAGUGACUACCUGUUCACUGUAGCCAGAUAUGCAGCCAUGAAAGAAGGUAAUGAGGAGACAAUCUACAGGAGACCCGAAUGACCAGAUUUCCAAGUGAGGAUUAAAACAAAGACCUCUUCGCUUUUUAUAUGCUUGGGGUAUUUAAUAAAUAAUGAUAAGGUCCAGUGUUGUUUUUGUUGGCAUAACAUAACAAUACAUUGCAAAGACAAUUUCGGUUUUUCAGUUACUGCAUACACAUUCAAAAAACUGGUAUAUUGUAAUUUAAUUUUCUGCUGAGGUAUUGUUCAAAUUUGUAUUAAAUCCUGAUGAUCAACA